AUGGCGGAAAAAAUUGACAUCACCGUCGAGUUCAGCGGAGGUCUCGAGAUGCUGUUCGGCAAUGAGACCAAACAUCAUGUGUCGUUGACAAAAGACGCUGACGAUAGAAAGCCUCCCACUGUUGGCUAUCUUGUUGGCUACAUUUGCGAUCAUCUGAUGAAGGAUAGCCGAAAGGAGUUGUUUGUUCUUGAUGGCGCCGUACGGCCCGGUAUUCUAGUUCUGAUCAACGACUCGGACUGGGAACUCGAAGGCGAAGACAAGUACGAAUUGGCCAACAAGGACAACAUUCUGUUUGUCUCUACAUUGCACGGCGGCUAA